CUUCUUCUUCCACUGCCAUAAUCAUACCGCAACCUCCAUUUUCUCACCUUCAAUUUCUCUCUCUCUCUCUCUCUCUCUUCUCCGCUUCCAACCCAUUUCGCCAUGAUUGGUUCUUCCCGCAAGCUGCUCGCAAGCCCUACUGAAUCCCCAGAUUUUAGGGCUUUCAACGCCAUGGAAUUCGCUUCUCCUUCCCCUUCUCCGACCAGGUCCUCCAGACCAGCUUUGAAUCAUGAUAUCUUCAGAAGUUGGAAUGGGAAACAGAUACACUUGAGGGAUGAUCCACCGCUGGAAUAUGGCUUUCGUUUGACUAGUCCUCAACGGAGCCCUCAGUUUUACCGAUCCAAUUACCAGAGUCUGUCUCCGCCGUCUAAGGCUCUCGCUAUAGCUACUGGACAGAGGGAGCUUAUGGAAAUGGUCAACAAUAUGCCGGAGUCUUGUUACGAGUUGUCGUUGAGAGACUUGGUGGAGCAGCCGAUGGGUUUAGGGGAACGAGAAGAAGCUGGAGUGAAUGAGAGGGAUUGUAAUUUGGGUGGCGAUCGGGAGGUUUUUUCGAGAGAGAACCGGAAAUCGAAGAAGGAAACUAGGGCUUUGGUUGGUAAAAGUAUGGAGAAUGGAGGUUUGUAUCUGAAAAUGGGAUUACCGAAAUCUAUUGUAACGACGACGACAAAGAAGAAGAAGAAGAAGAAUAAGAAUGAUUCUGGUUUGAAUAUGAGUGCUAAAGUUUCUCCUAAACCUCCUCAGCUGGUGGAAAAAGAUUGGUGGAAGAGAAGACUCUCAGUUUCAUCCGAGAGUGAAAGCUUUGCUUAUGGUUCUUGUAUUAACAAUGGAAGCAUCAAAAGCAGUAGCAGUAGCAGCAGCAAUGGCAGUAAUGGCAGCAACAAUAGAACAAAAGCCACUGGCAGACAUGCGAAUAGUGGAGGUUGCUGGUCAUGGAUUUAUCCCAAAUACCAUGAAGGAGAUGAAUGAAGAGGCGGCUCUGCCAUCUCCACUCAAGCAAAGUAAAGCAAAAGCCAUAGGUAUAUAAAGUUAUGGAAAUGAAGGCAUUAAUCUUACAGCGUCUGUAAAUUCCCUUCCAGUUUUUCAACAAAAAUGCUUCCUUUUUGUCUUCGUUUUUCGUUUUUCGUUUUUUGGUUCUUUAAUAUAUAUAUAUAUAUAUGUAUAUGUAUACCCUGUGUCCUCUUCCAGGGUUCCUCUUCUUUAAGCUAAUUAAUAGAAUGAAUCUCCUCUUUCAACC